GGAGUUGUAACUCAAGAGGAGGCAGUCUGAGUCGGGGCGUUUAAAGGGGAAGCGUUUUGCUCUGUCAGGAAAGUUAAACGUCCACGGACACUCAGACGUCGCCAGGUCAGAUCCUCUUCAUCUCAACCUUUACAACCCAGGACAACAAUGGCUUUGGUAGCAGAAUAUUUGGGACAGCUGUCUCUCAGCUUUGGGGCCAGUGAUCCUAAGUACCCGUCUGUGGUACCAGCUCUGGACUUUGAUCCUCACCGAGACGCUGCUAGAAUAGAGACUGCUAUCAAAACCAAAGGGGUGGAUGAGCAGACCAUCAUCGAUGUGCUGACAAAGCGGACCUAUAACCAAAGGAGAGAGAUUGCCUUUGCGUAUGAACAGCGGGCAAAGAAGGAUCUGAUCUCGGCCCUGAAGGCGGCUCUGUCUGGCUCCCUAGAAACUGUCAUCCUUGGACUGAUGAAGAGUCCGACCCAGUACGAUGCCACAGCCAUCAGAGAAUCUAUCAAGGGCCUGGGGACAGAUGAAGAAUCCCUGAUUGAGAUUUUGUGCUCACGCAGCAAUGAUGAGCUGGUGGAGAUCAAGAAGGUCUACAAAGAGUUGUUCAAAAAGGAACUGGAGAAAGACGUUGCAGGCGACACAUCUGGGAACUUCGCUAAGCUGCUCCUGGCUUUGGUUCAAACCAAGAGAGAUGAUCCAUCUUCUAUUGUGGACUAUGACAAGAUAGAUACAGAUGCCAGAGCGCUCUAUGACGCCGGAGUAAAGAUCAAAGGAACCGACGUGCCGACCUGGAUUUCAAUUAUGACAGAGAGAAGCGUACCUCACCUGCAAAAAGUAUUUCAGAGGUACAAGAGCUACAGCCCCUACGACAUGCAGGAGAGUAUUAAGAAGGAGGUCAAAGGAGAUCUGCAGGCGUCUUUCCUGGUGCUAGUUCAAUGCUUUGAAAACAAACAGCUGUUCUUCGCCAACAGGCUCAAUGAAGCCAUGAAGAGUAAAGGGGCAAAAGAGAAGGUUGUGACCAGAAUCAUUGUGUCACGCUGCGAGGUGGACCUGAAGAAGGUCUGCUCCGAGUACAAGGCCCACUUUGGACAGUCUCUGCAGAAGACUAUAUCGGAGCACACCAAGGGAGACUACCAGAAGGUUCUGCUGGGCUUGUGUGGACCAGAGGACUAAGAAUGAAUCAUCAUCAUCAUCAUCAUCAUCAUCAUCAUGUCUAAAUAUGGAGUGAUGGAUUAGGAUAAAGUCCUGCUUUUGCACAUUAACACAUUAACUCUCAUCAUUCUUCUUUGGCUAAAGUGAACCAUCUGUAUUAUUACUUACUUCGUUACAUCGAGAUGACAAUAAAGUCUCUUUGCUGGA